CCUCCACCCAUCCCACACACACCAUGAAGUUGCUGUUGUCCCUUCUGGGUGUGGCUCUUCUGGCCUCCAUGAUCCAGGCUGGUGGAUACGGAGGUGGUGGAGGUGGACACGGAGGUGGUGGAGGUGGACACGGAGGUGGAGGCUACGGAGGUGGACACGGAGGUGGAGGCUACGGAGGUGGACACGGAGGUGGAGGGCACGGUGGAGGUGGCUACGGAGGAGGUGGCUAUGGGGGUGGAGGACAUGGAGGAGGUGGCUACGGAGGAGGUGGCUAUGGGGGUGGAGGACAUGGAGGAGGUGGUGGCUACGGGGGAGUCGGUGGAACAUCAAACAAUAACUUCAACCUAGCAGGCCCGAAAGGCGGUGGCGGUGGCGGCUAUGGAGGCGGUGGUCAUGGCGGUGGUGGCUAUGGCGGUGGCGGCUAUGGAGGCGGUGGUCAUGGUGGUGGUGGCUAUGGCGGUGGCGGCUAUGGAGGCGGUGGCCAUGGCGGUGGCGGCUAUGGAGGCGGUGGCCAUGGCGGUGGCGGCUAUGGAGGCGGUGGCCAUGGCGGUGGCGGCUAUGGAGGCGGUGGCCAUGGCGGAGGUGGCGUCUAUGGUAAAGGCGGCCACGGCGGUGGCGGCUAUGGCGGCGGCUAUGGAUACGGGAAGUAAUCAACGAUAUACACCGAUGGAUGUUCCACACAAACCAGAAAGAAACAUCAACUUCCUGUCAAAAAACAUUGACACACUGUAAAGGAACUAACAUUUUUUUCAUAAAUAAAGA